AUGGAUCCAUUCAGCUUUGUAUUGGCGGCACCCACAAAUAAACGAUUUGUUAAGAAGCGACGUGUUGAGCCCGAACCUGUAUCAGAUGAUGUCGAGCCGGAGUCCUCCUAUCACUAUGAGCAACUGCAGCAGGGCAGUGCCGAGCUAAAGGAGCUCGAGCAUAUGCUCCACAGCCAUUUAUCCGACAAGUCCCUCAAGCUGACCGUCCAUAAGGCCGACAAAAUCCACAACCCCUGGCUAUCGCAUCGGUUUUCAAAGUAUUGUAAAUGGCUGAAGGGAAAGGGCUUUCCAAAUACGGAGUCCUGGGGCUUCCAACAAACCCACUACACGAAAGAUGAGCGCGCUUAUAUUGCCACCGAGGGUCUGGCCGUCGACAAUUCGAUCAAUGACGAUUUGGGAGAUCCUAAAAAUGGCGUCUACCUCUCGAAGCACGUCGAUAUGGUCUCACAGCAAUGCUUCGCCUUCACGACUCAAGGCCAACCGCUAGCAGUUGACAUCCUGGUUUGCAAGAUGGCCCUCGGCAAGACGAUGAUGGUGGGCAUGGGAUCAAAGGAUCUGGACCCGAGCCCGAGCUACACUUCGAAUGCCGUCAACCAAGCGCAACAGGAUCGGAAUUCUCGCACGGUCGAUCGCAUCGAUAGCUGUCGGAGAGACAUGGUAAAUAAUUGCAAUCGGGUAUUUGGCAAAUUGACCCGCUACGACCUGCAGCCAUCUGUGUAUGAAGGACCGCUCCAGCUACUCGGCUUGAUGCUGCCGAUUUCACUUACCUCACCUGUUGACGCGCUCUGGAAACCAGAAAUUUUGUCCCCAGACCUAGACUUCUCGACGCUAGCCACCUGGAAAGCAGCCCUUGAUGACCCAAUUCUCGGCGAAUUCAUGGAAAAGGACAAUCGUGGUCUUCUCCUGCGCAAGCCCUACAUAUCGUUGAAAAGCGGAUGGAUGGCCACCUACUUUCUCGUGAGACCAGAAGCGGAUGGGGAGCGCUUUAGAAGCCUUGUCAGUGCGCUCACCAACACGAGGACGCUGCUGCUCGUGGUCGAAGGCGAUUUCCAAGUGUCCCUCAUACCGCCUGGUGAGAUCAGCGACCACCUUGGAUUUCCUGCAUUGACCGCCGGACCUCAUCUCCAUUUGAUCCUCACCAAAAAUCGCCAUCUUUAUUCCGGCAGCCGUCUGGAUAGCAAUGUCGAAAUGAAGGGCACAACGCGCUAUCCAAGCGUUAUCGACGAGGUUGACCCAUCUCAACCGCUACUUGCCGACAUGAUCCUCGAAGACCAUGCCAAUCUUAUCGACGGCGACUCCGGCAUCAACGCAUAUGUUAGGAAUGGAAGAAAAGCCGAGAAGGACGGAAAAGCCGCGUCGCGGGAAAAGCCGUUGUUGCCUCCUUUCGGCUCCGAGAUGCUGAAAAGCACACAAUUGUCUAUGCGGCCGCCAAAAAGUGAUGCCAAAGCGAUCAACGAAGGAAAAGCGUCUGACGUCCGCCCGGUCAAGUCUUCAUCAAAUGAUGAUGCUAAAAAUUCAAAGGAAGAUCCGCGGUCCAAGCGUCCGAACCCGGAAGUCGAAUAUGAACCGAAAUCGCCUACCUAUGGCGAAAUUGAUGACAUGGCACCGGUCGGGGAUCCUCGAAAGGUUCCCGCGAAGCCCGUAGAGGAAGUGUACGAACCGAAAUCCCCGACUUACGGCGAUAUUGACGAUCUGGAGCCCGUCUCGGCAAUGUUGGACCCGCGGAAGCAGCCGCCGGCAGCCACGUCGGUGCCUAUCGUCGACUUCCGGAGUAUCUUAUCUUCCGGCGGCAGAGCUGCGACGAAAGAAGAACGCCCAGCCAGUGAAGCACAGGCUGAGGACGAGUCUCCCAAGCAUCCCCCCAAGAAGUCCCAUGCUCAAGAGCCGCGGAAGCGGUUAUCUGAACUCCCGAUGCCACCAAAGGCCAUGAAUAAGGAAGAGUACGACCCGGAAACGAUGGAAUUUUCCACCGACCUCCACGGCUUUGAUGCAGACGCAAGCCCUGCCCCGUCGCCGCGAAAUGACGAUCUGGACUCAUUAAAUGGAGCUUCAUCGCCUAGCCAUGCCGACGAAGAAGACCUGAGACCCGUCAAUCAAUUUGAGCCCCUUGUUCAACCGCAAGAACCGCGCCCCGCUAUUACCAUGCAUGACGACGAGCCAUCAAACCACGCCAACCAUUUUGCCCUCGCCAACAUUUUCGGAAUGGCCUCCCGGCCGCAGGUAAAACCAAUCCCGCCCAAAGAUCAACAACGGCUGGUCGAGGCCGAGCAAGCUGUUAAAGCCCUCGGCCAAGAAGCCAUUGAAGCCGCUACCGUGAUGAAUCGCCUCCUCUCGAUUCCGCACGUCACCGACACGGCCGACGCAGAGAAGAUGAUGACCGAGGCUGGGGCUAAGGUUGACGCCGUCGCGGAACUUGUACAAGAUAAGCUCAGAAAAGCCAAGGACCUCGACCAACUCGACAUCGAGUUCAACGCCAAGAAGGCCGAAUUCGAAAAGUGGCUAAAUCGAGCUGAAGAUGAAGCCGCGGCCAUUGGGCCGUUGAAGACGAGCGCGGAGGAGUUGAAGGAGCAGAAGAAGGAGUGCGCCGAGCUGAUCGAUCGACUGCCAGAAGGGCAGCCCAAUUUGGAGGCGUUGGAGAGGAUGUCGAUGGCUAUUGCGGAGUUGGAGACGGUUCCUGGAAGCCGCGCAAGCAGCGUCCCACGCAACGUCAUGGACCUACGCUCCCGCUACGACCAGCUCGGCUCGUCGCUCCAAGACCGCAGCGACCGCAUCGGCGAGCAGCUCGACAAGACCGCACAGCUUGAAGGCCAAGCUGAAGCAGUCCAUCGGUGGAUCGCCGAGCAGCGAGCGAGACUAGCUAAUGAGCUCCCCCUCGAACUCAACGACAACGCCGUAAAAGCUGCACGCGACAAGCUGGAGAAGAUCGAGAAGGAUUCCCGCCAAGGCCAACGGCAAAUGGAUGAAGUUCGAAUGCAGGCUCGAGAACUCGCGCGCACCAACGCGGAAGCCGGGCGGACGAUUGGACAGCUCGAGAGGGCUUUGGACCUUGAAUGGGAGGCGCUGCAAACUGGGCAAGAUGCCGCACGGAAGCGCAUAGAUCAGGCAGAGAAGGUUGUUGACCGUCUUGGUCAGCUCGAUCGGUGGAUUGGGGGCAAGCAAAGGCUUGUUGAUGCUCUACCGGCACCGUCGACGGAGCCACAUGAGGCCAAGGGGUUGAGGAAUCAUAUUGAUAUGUUGAAGCUCGACGCCGACAACGAGCAGUCCAGUCUCGACCAAGUCGCCAACCUGGCCGAGAAGCUCCUCAACGAAGCCGAGAACGAGGCCGACAAGGAGGCCAUCCGAAACAGGAUGGAGGAGCUGAAGAAAAGGUGGGGCUCCCUCGGCCAGAGCCUCGAUUCUCGUGACGAACAAGCCCGCAGCGCCGCACAUCUUGGAGCUGAUAUCCAGCAGCUGGACCGCCAGAUCAAAAAAUCGCUACACGACCUCGAACGUGAAGUCGAUGCGGCUAGCCGACUCCCCUCCAACGAGAUCGAGAAACAGCUGGCCUUGUUGGACUCGUUGAAGCAGAGGGAGGGAUCGGUGGAAGAACUCAUCGACGCCCUUGCCGAAAAGGAAGCGGAAGCCGGCAGCAUCGGCAUAGACGCCGGAAACCGUGCGGAAAUUGCUGAUAUCACCCAGGGGAACAGGACGAAGGCUGCUGAGCUUGACAAGAAGAUCGACUCGGUAAAGCAGGCGGCUCUGACAGUGCGUGGCGAGGGUGACGCUCUCGAGAAGCGGCUGGACGCCCUGCUUGGGGACGUGCAGCUGGCAGCUCUAGAAGUGAAUAACGCACCGCCAAUCUGCGCGGACCCCACGAAGCUGGCGGAGGCGAUGGGACGGUUUGAGAAGGUGUACAGCGGAGUGCUAGGAAGGGAGGGCGACGUCAGCCUGGUCAGGGCCAAGGUGCAAGAGCAGUUGCUGAACAACCCGGAAGCCAAACCAGAGCUUCGGGCAAAGCUUGACCGGCUUGACAAGGAGUGGCCACCACUUUUGGAGGCGACUAAGGAGAAGAGGAACGCUUUGGACAAGGCCAACGAGCUGGUCAAGCAGUUCAAAGACGCCGAGAAGACGUUGAAGCAGCAUUUGGAAGAUGAGGAAAAGGAAUUGGCCAAGGCCAUCGAGGCGGCCCUUGGAGAAGAUAAUCCGACAGACGCCUUCCGACCCCUUGAAGCUUCGAUCGAUCGCAGAGUGAACGAAGCUGAAGCCCUAGAUGGACUUGCUGAGAAGAUCGAGAAAACCGCUCCCGGACCGGAUGCCCGGCACCUGAAACGUGGGGCCGAAAACCUGCUUGAUGACGUCAGAGCUCAUGGGAAGAAGGCGAGAACGGCACUGCAGGUCGCCCAGAAAAAGGCCGACCUCCACGCGCGGUUCAAGCGAUUGGCCGAUGAAGCCUAUGGACUUUGCGCUGCCCGUGAAGCUGAUCUUGAUAGAGAUCAAGGGCAUUUGAAUCGAGAACGCCUUCAAGCCAAGCUCUCUGAAGUCGAGGCAUACUGGGCGAAGACGGGGCGCGAGCUGAAGCAGCUCUCCGAUGAGUUGAGCCCGAUUCUGCCGGAAGAGCAGGCCCAACAGACCCGCGAGACGGUAGAUGAACUGGAGGGGCUGUUUGAGAACCUGUUGGACAAGAUGAGAUCCGUCGACGGCAAGCUGGCCGAAAAGAAGGACGAAGCCGAGCGCGCGCGCGAGAAGACGAACCGCCUGGCGACGAGGCUGAACUCCUUGUACUCGGACCUCAACGACCUCGAGCCGAUCGGGCGCAGCGCGGAGGAGCUGGAGCGUCAGCGCGCGCAGUGCGAAGAGAUGGAGUCCGAGCUUGGCGAGCGGGACAAGGAGCUGGCUGACGUUGAAGCCGUUUGGGACGCGGCUGUCAACCACGGAGCCGUCACGCCCGAGCAGUUCGACAACAACCAGCAGCAUGUCGACGACUUGAAGAGGCUAAUCGGCAAGGGCAAACGGAAGCUCGGCGACCGCCACAAGAAGAUCAACGCCAUCGGUGAGGAGGUCGCCAGGGUGGAAAGCGAAGCCAAUGCGGUGAUCAACGACAUUCAUCAGUUGCAAGAGUCCCCGGCCCUACAGAACGAGAAUGGACUUUCAGAGCCAAAAGCUCAAGCCGAGGCCCUCCGUCAACUCAAAGAUCAGCUAAAACCCACUGCAGAACGAGCUAAAGCCGUCCAGGGUGAAUGCAAGGCGCUGAUCAAGUCUGCGGCUCCUGAAGCUGACACCAAGCAGCUGAGCCAAAUCCUACAAGACGUCUCCAAGGCCCUUGGCGAAGUCGAUGCCCAGAUUGGCGCCCGACAGCUCGCUGUUGAUGCCGCCGUGCAGCAGAUGGGCAGCUACAACGAUGCGCAGAGGGACCUCCAAAACUGGCUCGAAGAAACCGAGGAGCUAGUCGACAACCAGAAGCUCCCCUCAGCAGACGCCAAAGUCGCUCGUGCUCAGCUCCCGAGCUAUGAUGUCAUCCUGAAGCACAUCGAGGACAAGCAGGCCUCAGUUGAUGGCUUCCAGCAGAUGAUCGGCAAGCUGGCCGCCCUCACUUCUGAUGCUGACGAGAAACGGGCGCUGUCGGCAAAGGCUGACGAGGCGGAAGUAGCCAUGCAGCUGAGCGAUGAAGUCUCCCAACUGUGCAAGGAAAGAACAGAAAUUCUUGGCCAAACCCUCGCCCACGUCGACGAGAUCGGCCACUCGUUCGAGGACAUGAACCGCUGGCUCGACGAGGUCGAGCGAGAUCUAGCUGGUCAGCCAUCCGUCACGACAGCUACUCCUUCGCAUGAGUUGGCCAAGCAGCAGCAGCACAACUUGGAGCUCUCCGCCGUCAUCGCCGCCCAAACCCCAUUGGUCGAGCGCUUCGAGUACAACGUCAACUCCCUUGCCGAACUCGUCGGCCCCGCCGAUGUCCAAGCUCUGCGCCAAAUCUACGAUCAAAUUGUUGGCCGCUACAAUGACGUGAAAAACCAAGUGAAAUCGAGAGGAGAAGCCAUUGACAGUAUCUUGGAUGCGACAGAGGCAUUCGGCGAUCGUCUCGACGUCUUCUUGGCGACGCUGGAAGGAGCCGCAGAAUCGCUACGUCAGCCAGCCGCUGUGUCGGCAGACCCUGGGUUGCUCCAGAAUCGCAUUGCCGAGAAUGAGGCGCUUUUGGACUCGUUGAGGGAGAAGGAAGCCGCCCUCGACGCGAUGAAGGAACGAGCAAACGAGCUUCUCGCCAGGGCACAGCCAGGCGAUGCUGCCGCUUCAGAAGUGGCCGCCAAGAUCCAGGCCCUCGAGCAGUUGUGGGGCGAAAUCGGAAGAGGUGCCGAGAUGCGCGGCGCGUUCCUCAACGACGCGCUCGCCAAGGCGCACCAAUUCUGGGCCGAGCUCGACGACUGCCAGAAGGCCAUCGACGACUUGAAGCUGUUCUCCGACAAGAGCCUCCACCUCGGCAAGGCCAUGGAGGAGGCCAUGCAGUUCCACGACGACCUGUCGGCGCUGCACGAGUUUUUGGAGGCUGCUGAGCAGAUCGAAGCCGCCGCGGACGCGCGCGCGGAAGCGCUGCGGAAGGCGAUGGAACAAGCCGAAGACUUUGACGCGAAGGCCCAUGGGCUGUUGGCUUGGAUGGACGGGCUGGACGACAGGUUGAAGGCCGCCGGAAAGGAGCCCAACCUCGACAAGGCCAUCCCCGCCGCGCAGGCCGUGCUCGACGAGUUGAAGGAAGUCGAAGAUCAAGCCCUCGAAAAGGUGGCCGACCUCAAGGAGCAGCGCCAGAAGAGCGAGGAGCGCGAGAAGGCCAUCAAGGAGCUGAUCACCUUCGUCACCAAGAAGCGCGGUGAGCUGGGCGACAUGAUCGCGGCGCCGACGCCUGAAGAUUUGGAUACGGUAGACCGAAUGCUGCAAGACUACGAGCUGCUCGACUUUGAGCUGCGAGAGAAGCAGCCGGAUGUCGAGGAGACGAUCCAGGGCGGCCAGAAGGAUAAAGGAGAUGAAGCGGCUGGAGGGAUGGGAAUGGGAGGAUUGGAAGGAGAGAUACUGCGACUGGAACGACCACGC